CCCACGUCCAUCUCCGCUCCGUCCAUCUUGCCAGUCCAGCCGUCAAGAUGAGCUUUAUUACCAAGCGCGCUCUUUCCACCCUCAUCCCUCCCAAGGUUGCCUCACCUAAUGCCAUCGGCGCAUCCCCCAAUGCCGUCCGUAUGCAGAAGGUUGUGAACUUUUACGAGAAGCUUCCCCGAGGCCCAGCUCCCGAGCGUGAGGCCAAGGGCCUUCUCGGACGUUACCAGAAGAAGUACUUCGGCAAGAACCCAUCUGGCAUGCCUCUCGUCCACGCCAUUGCGGUCCUCGCCCUUUUUGGUUACGCACAGAACUACUACUUCCAUCUGCGCCACCACAAGAACAACGCUCAUUAAGCGGAUAAGACGAUUCACGGCAAUACCUGAGCAGGCAAGGCAGCUUAUGUAAAUAUAGCGUGUAGUAGAGGCCAAGAAGAGAUCUAGCCACUCCAUUUUCGAUCAAAUUAUAGACUGUGCACUGCCUAUGAGAUUGUGUAUUGCCAACCAUAUGAGCGCGUCCUGAACAGUUUGUGCUUCUGAUAUUGGGAGAUGGAAACGUGACUUCGGCCCGAGCAAAGGACAGCUUUUCUCCACACCUCCAGCGAUAUAUUUCGGGAUCAAGCAUAUCACGUUCAUCGUCUACCAGUAAUUAUGAAGAUUGUUGUAACAGUAUUGGCACGUUUCAAGGUGAGGAAGAGAGUGAUUUUCG